AUGGGGGGCUUUGCCCCAGCAUCCCUGACCCAGUGCUCAGUGCCGCUCCUGGGACUCAGCAGUGCCACAGAGCAGGGCUCAGCAUGGCGCAGCGGCCAGAGCGAGUCCCAGGCCGUGGUGGGGCGAGUCGGGGAGAGCACGGUGCUGGGCUGUGACCUCCUGGACGCUCAGGAGGCCCGUCCCCCUCUUUAUGUGAUCGAGUGGGUCCGCUUCGGCUUCGUCCUCCCCAUCUUCAUCAAGUUCGGGCUCUACUCGCCACGGGUGGACCCAGAGUACAUCGGUCGCGUCCGCAUUGAGGAAGGUGCCUCGCUGCGCAUUGACCUCCUGCGCACAGAGGACCAAGGCUGGUAUGAGUGCCGCGUGCUCUUCCUCGACCGGCACACCACCGACGCCGACUUCCAGAACGGCACCUGGAUCCACCUCACCGUCAACGCACCCCCCACCUUCCUGGAGACCCCCCCUGCAUUCGUGGAGGUGCGAGACCGGGACGCACUGAGCCUUACCUGCACAGCUGUUGGCAACCCCCAGCCUGUUGUCAUCUGGAAGAGGAGUGACCUGGCUGUCCAGAGCGGGGGCACAGUGCAGGUGAGGAACGGGACGCUGAGCAUCGCCGUUGUGGAGCGUGCCAGCGCGGGCACCUACACCUGCCAUGCUUCCAGCAAGGAGGGCACCAUCACCCACACCACCCGCGUGCUCGUGCAGGGGCCACCCAUCAUCGUGGUGCCACCCCAGAACAUCACCGUCAACAUCUCCCAAGAUGCCUUUCUGGCGUGCCAGGCCAAGGCGUACCCAGGAAACCUCACCUACACCUGGUUCCAGGGCAGCAGCAAUGUCUUCCACCUCAGCCACCUCCAGGCUCGGGUCCGCGUCCUGGUGGACGGGAGUCUCUUACUCGAGCGAACAACCCCGGACGACGCCGGCAAAUACACCUGCGUCCCCAGCAAUGGGCUGUGGAAGCCGCCUUCUGCCUCGGCCUUUGUCACAGUGCUGUAUCCGGCACAGGUGACUACCAUGCUCCCAGAAACCCACCUGCCCAAAGGGAUGCAGGGUGUGAUCCACUGCCCCACCAGGGCCAACCCCCCUCUGCUCUCUGUCAGCUGGACGAGGGACGGGCGCCCGCUGGAGCUGGACAAGCUCCCUGGCUGGUCCAUGAGACCAGACGGCACCAUCGUCAUUGCGACGGGGAACGAUGAUGCGCUGGGAGUGUACAGGUGUACCCCGUACAACAGCUACGGCACUGCUGGCGAGUCCCAGCCCACGCGUGUCCUGCUCCAGGACCCCCCUGCCUUCACAGUGCGCCCCAAGGAGGAAUACUUCCAGGAGGUGGGUCGGGAGCUGGUGAUCCCCUGCACGGCCCGUGGGGAUCCCCCCCCAACUGUCACCUGGCUGAAGGUAGGCAGCGCAGGGAAGAGUGGCGCCCAGGUGGAUGGGAACAGCAGCCUAGUCUUCCGCCCACUCGUCAAGGAGCAGCACGGGGUCUGGGAGUGCAUGGCCACCAACCAGGUGGCCAGCGUCAGCACCACCACCGCCGUCCACGUGCUGGGUACUAGUCCUCACGCUGUCACCAAUGUCUCUGUGCUCCCGCUCCUGCUGGCAGCCAACAUCUCCUGGGAGCCAGGGUUUGAUGGAGGUUAUUUCCAGAGGUUCAGCGUCUGGUACACACCACUGGUGAAGCAUCCACCCCAGGCCCAUCGUGACUGGGUGUCGCUUUCGGUGCCCGUGGGGGCUCAGCACCUCUUGGUGGAGAAUCUGCAGCCAGACAUGAGCUACCAGUUCAGCGUUCUGGCCCAGAACAAGCUGGGUAGUGGCCCCUUCAGCCAGAUUGUCACCUCUGUGCCCAGGGGCUUCCCAGUGACCACAGUGCCUCCAGAGCCGCCAGCCAUGACCAUGCGCGUCUUCCUGUCCCCGCCACAGGCUCUGACUGCCAAUGAGACUGUGCGUGGGGUCCUACUGCAGUGGGAGCCCCCGGCUCAGUUCUCGGUGGCACUGAGCGGUUAUGCGCUGGAGCUGCGGCAGGACAAGGGUGGCUGGGAGGUGCUGGACCGCUCUAUCCCCAGCGCGAAGACCCAGGUCCUGGUGCCAGGACUCAUCAAGGAUACUUUCUACGAGUUCCGACUGGUGGCCUUUGCUGGCAGCUACAUCAGCGAUCCCAGCAAUACAGUGAACGUCUCCACAGCAGGCAUGGAGGUGUAUCCGUCUCGCACCCAGCUGCCAGAGCUCCUGCCACAGCCAGUGUUGGCCGGGGUCAUCGGGGGGAUCUGCUUCCUCAGCGUGGCUGUAAUCUUCAGCACCAUGGCUGCCUGCAUCAUGAACCGCCGGCGUGCCGCCCGCAUCCAGAAGCGAAGGCAAGAUCCACCACUCGUCUUCUCCCCCAGCAAGAAGCUUCCACCUCCACACAAUUCUCGUGGCUCUGGUAGCCCAGACAGCACCGUGAAGCUGAAGCUGCAGCCGUCUCCCUAUCGGAGCCUGCGCCGGACACUGCUGUGGGGUGAGAAGGCCGGCACCAGCCUGGGUCUCAGCAUCGCCAGGGCUGGCUCCCGGUAUGCCAUGUACGAGAGCCAUGUCGGGGAGCACGUGCCCCUGGAGCGGAUCUGCCGUGGCCCCGAUGGGCGCUUUGUGGUAGAGACCGACACGCAGCCGCAGGAGAGCAGCUUCGGGGCGCUGCCCUAUGCCGAGCUGGAGCCAUACCCGCAGCAGGACCCCCCGGGGCUGCAGCCUGAGCCCUACCUCCAGCUGCCCGCAGAGGAGGAGCACAUCUGGCACAAGGGGGUCUCACUGCGCCCCCGGCCCACAGGGCAGGCCCGCCGGGGAGCCCGGACCACCAGCUACCGCCAGGGCCGCUAUUUUGGCUACGGCAGCAGCAGCCCUGUAGAUGAGGCCACGGCAUUGUGCAUCGUCAACAUCAGCCCCGUGGCCUCUGCCACAACUCUGCCUUACAGCACCGUGGAGGAGCUACGCGACAGCCCCGGCAGCGCCAGGCCCUGCCAGACCACCACCAGCGCCCUGUGGGACUCACUGCCCCUCGAGGGCUCCCCCCAGCCACCCCUCAGCCCCCCACUCUCCCCCAGCCUUGGGUGCCACCAGCAGUUUGCCGGCCCCCUGACCCAGAGCGGGAUCCUCCAGUACCUGAGCCUACCCUUCUUCAAGGAGAUGUGCGUCGAUGGUGACUGGCCGCCCCUGGAGGAGCUGGCUGAGCCCAGCCAGGCCAGCGGCCAGCCAGAGCCUGCCGCCAGCCCACUGCCUGGCCUGCUGGAGGCUGGGGGCUCCCCGCAGCACACAGGGCGAACGCUGUGCCCAGACUGCAUUGACACAUGUGCCAACACCAUCUCCCCCUCAGCCCCUGCUUUCCUCAAGCCCCCUAGGCUCCUAGUGGGUCCUGCCAAGGCCUCGCUGCCUGGCACUGCUGCCUGGUCCGGCUCCCCCAGCUCUGGGGCCAGCCCAUGGCCCCCUACCCAGCCAGCUCACUGCCUCCCUGCCAGCAGCGGCAGGACUGAAGCUGUGCCCUCAGCCGGCACCACUGUGCCCUCAGCUGGCACUGCGGAGCCCAGCUGGGUGCUGGGCAGGCCACCAGAUCCUGCCCCCCUGGAGAAGCUGCCGCAGGGCAGUUUGACCAGCCAGAGCAGCGGCCGGGGCAGCGCCUCCUUCCUGCAGCCCCCCUCCCUGGCACCGUCUCUGGGGGGCAACUGUCUGGGUCCCCCCCUCGGGGACGGGGGCAGCUGGCACAGCGGAGGCUCGGCAGCGGAGGAGGGCAGGGCGAGGACAGAUCUGGCACUUGGCGGCACUGGAAAGAGGAGGAACACCUCAGUGGAUGAGAACUACGAGUGGGACACAGAGUUUGCCCUGGAGUCGGACAUCCUCGAGGCACUGCAGCUCUACCGCAGUGGGGACCCGGAACGGCCCGUCUCCACCAUCGCCCUGCGCGACCUGGAGCGGCAGAGCGAUUGGGAAAAGGGGGUGGCAGGGCCCUUUGGCACCCACAUCCCUGGGGGUGGCCCCGUGGGUGGGUGA